UCAACACCAACGGAUUCCCGUGUGUAGACGCUGCGAGGCUCGUGUUUUUGUUGUUGUAAAGUGCAUGAAGGCUUCAUCCUGCGCACUUGAGCGGUGACACGGGAGGUGGGGAGGGCCCUCGGGGCGAGCACACCCCUACCGCCUGUGUCAGAGUAUUUCAGAACAGAGGCCAGUAUUUAGUCAUUCUGCAUGAAAGCUGCACACACACACAUUUCUCCGCUCUAACUUGUGGACUAUAGGAAGAGAUUUCUUUUUCCUGUGGAUCCGAGGACCACGAUUUGAUUUUUCACUCUUGUAGAAACUGUGCGUCGCAACCACGGGAUACUUUUACGCACAGAUCUUAGACGCUCACAAGGACAAUGCCUCGAUCUUUCUUGGUCAAAAAGUACUUCGCGAAACAAAAGCCUAACUACAGUGAACUGGUAUGUCACAAUGACACUUUGCUUGAGAGGUAUCCUCUCGCUGAGCUCUCUUCUGGGGACAACACCUGCUUCACAACAGGUCUGGUGUGGGACCUGAGUGUCCUGCCCACCCUCUAUCUGCCAACCUCCCAAACAGAGCCCUCUGCCACCCCGGGCCCCCUGGACCUCAGCUCCCCUUCCGUCCUCAGCAGCAGUGCCAGCAGCUGUGGAGAGGAGGAUGAAGGUCGCACCUCAGACCCCCCCAGCCCGGAACCCGUACACGCGUAUGCCCCUCGCCAGCGGAUGAAAUGCACCGGUGUCAUGCCUCACAUCAGCCCCCCUGAGGAGGAGGAGGAAGAGGAGCGACAAGCCCCUGUCAUAGCAGCCAGGCCGGCCUUCCUCUGCAAACACUGCCCCAAAGAGUAUACCAGCCUCGGGGCUCUGAAGAUGCACAUCCGCUCACACACCCUGCCCUGUGUGUGCACCACCUGUGGAAAGGCUUUCUCCAGGCCGUGGCUGCUGCGCGGCCACAUCCGCACACACACAGGUGAGCGUCCAUUCUCCUGCCCCCACUGCAACCGGGCUUUUGCAGACCGCUCCAACUUGCGGGCUCACCUGCAGACCCAUGCUGAGGUGAAGAAGUAUCAGUGUGGCGUCUGCUCUCGCACCUUCAGCCGCAUGUCGCUGCUGCAGAAACACAGCUCCUCCGGGUGCUGCUCCUCCACGGUGUGAGACGCCACAGGGAGAGACAAGAGGGUGACCCAGUCAGAGCUCAGGGCUACUGGCCACAGAGAGGGGGUCCACACAAGCCCAGCUGGCCUGUUGACAACCUGCAAGGCCACAAAGAGCAUGAAGUGGCCUUCUUUAAGAGACCUGGAGGGAUUAAGCCUCAUUAUGGAUCUGACUUUACAAGCCAAAACAACUUUUUAAAACAUCUGAGGAGCAGAUUUUUCCUUCCUGUAGACUCAGGUUUUGAGGCCGGACCAAAUCUGAACCGAGCAAAGCCGACACUCACUUGAUAUCAGCCCCUUUGUUGCUAUUGUGCCCAUUCCAAAGACCAAAUAUGUAGUGAACUCAUUGGGGUAAGAGGUGUUCUUUCCUGUCUCCGUCCUGGUGCCGGACAACUCAGGAUCAUAGCCUAGACACAGCUGCUGAGAGGUAGGGGUGCGUGGGUGGAAUAAAUCUCUCAGCGUGCCUCAAAACACACACACACAGUCACACACACACACACACACACACACACGCACACACACACACACACACAGUCUCACACACACACACAGUCUCACACACACACACACACACACACACACACACACACACACACACACACACACACACACACACACACACACACACACACACAGCUGUCCCUGGUACUGUGGUGUAGAUAGACGAGGUGCUAACAGGUGCUACAGCCAUGACCUUCGCCGGCUGAUAGCAGGUGACUUCCACUGCCCUUGGUUUGCUUAAGAAAAAAAGAGGAAGCAUGUCAUCACAAAGGAAUGGCAUCAGUUAAGUCUUUUUCUUCUCCGGUAAGGAUCAUUUUAAGCCUCUAUUUUGUCUACAUCCAAACCUUCUCUUUUAUCUGAUGAUUUUCAGAGAUAGGAUUAAGCCAUGCUGUCUGUUAUUUUCCAAAGAAGCUUCACUUUGCAAGUGGCGCUGCAACGCGGAUGACAAUGCAAGCCAUGCACUCAAGGUUACCACAGUGUUAAUAAUACCAGCCGAAAGCCAUAUCUUGUAACUUAAAUGAAUUUGUGCCUUGAAAUUGUGAUACUUUUGAAACCAAAAAUGUGCCUUUUUUUUACCUCAGUUAGUAUUUGUGGAUUUAAAAUUGAUUGCAGUAUUAGUAGAAAUUAGUGCCAAAACGGUUUAAAAUGCAAGAAGGCUGGGACCAAAGAUUUUCUAAGGUUUACUCCAUGGAAACAUGGUUGACUAAUAUGUCAUCAGAACCCUGUAAAUGGACAGUACAAAGAUGAAUUUUUAACUUUCCUAAACCUUUUUUAUGGCAGUGUUUUUAUAGUGCAAUGUGCAGAUGAUGAUGUUAUUUCAAUUUUGUACCAUGCUUGUGUGUUCACUCUUAUUUCUUGUAUGUUGUAACUGAUGAAUUUUCAUUCAAUAAAGUAAUUUAUGUUUAUUAAAA